AUGCACGUAUACUUCUUUCCCCAGACCCAACAAAACACUCCGCCCGACACAAAACUCUGUCUCGCACCACUUCUACAUCAGCUUGUACCCUAUAAAACACACUACACUCAGUUCAUCAUGGUUGUCAAGGUUGGUAUCAACGGAUUCGGUCGCAUUGGCCGUAUCGUCUUCCGCAAUGCUAUCGAGCACAACGACGUCGACAUUGUCGCCGUAAACGACCCCUUCAUCGAGCCCCACUACGCUGCCUACAUGCUCAAGUAUGACAGCACACACGGCCAGUUCAAGGGCGAGAUCAAGGUUGACGGUAACAACCUGACCGUCAACGGCAAGACCAUCCGUUUCCACAUGGAGAAGGACCCCGCCAACAUCCCAUGGAGCGAGACCGGCGCUUACUACGUCGUUGAGUCCACCGGUGUCUUCACCACUACCGAGAAGGCCAAGGCUCACUUGAAGGGUGGAGCCAAGAAGGUCGUCAUCUCUGCUCCCUCUGCUGACGCCCCCAUGUUCGUCAUGGGUGUCAACCACGAGACUUACAAGUCCGACAUUGAGGUUCUCUCAAACGCCUCUUGCACAACCAACUGCCUUGCUCCCCUGGCCAAGGUUGUCCACGACAAGUUCACCAUCAUUGAGGGUCUCAUGACCACCAUCCACUCCUACACUGCCACCCAAAAGGUCGUUGACGGCCCCUCCGCUAAGGACUGGCGUGGUGGCCGUACCGCUGCUCAGAACAUCAUUCCCAGCAGCACCGGUGCCGCCAAGGCUGUCGGCAAAGUCAUUCCCGAGCUCAACGGCAAGCUCACUGGUAUGGCUAUGCGUGUUCCCACCGCCAACGUCUCGGUUGUCGACUUGACUGUCCGCAUCGAGAAGGCUGCGUCCUACGACGAGAUUAAGCAGGCCAUCAAGGAGGCUGCUGACGGCCCACUCAACGGCAUCCUCGGCUACACUGAGGACGACAUCGUCUCCACUGACCUGAACGGUGACAACCGCUCUUCCAUCUUCGACGCCAAGGCUGGUAUCUCUCUGAACAAGAACUUCGUCAAGCUUGUCUCCUGGUACGACAACGAGUGGGGUUACUCCCGCCGUGUCCUUGACCUCCUGGUCUACAUUGCCAAGGUUGAUGGCAACGCUUAG